AUGUCCGAUCUUAUUCGAGAUGCCCCGAUCGGGCAACUCAUCCGAUACUUGACGCGAAACAGAGUACUCCAGUACCCUGAAGAAAAGCCCGACUUUGUCUGCCCAAGCUCCUACUCACAACCCGAGUCUGAAAAAGCAGCCACUGAACUCUUCAAGACUGUGCCAUCACUUUCGUCCAGCAAUAACUCCAUCAACGAUGAUUGCGAGAAAGAGAUUCUCGAGCCUCACAGCAACCUCCACCUCACAAGAACGGAAACCGAUCAUAGUCGCCGCGAAUUGAGCAAGACCAACACUGCCAGAUCUGCUUUGUCGCAUGUGGGGUCCCGCAUCGCUCUUGAACAAUCGAAAACUCGAGCAGAUCUCGAGCAAGCCUUUGCAGCUGCUGCAGAGCCAUCGCCUUGGCCAGAACCAGUCGUUCCUGUGCGCACUUCAGAUGGAACCAUUCUCGUAGACUGGUAUACUACAGACGACAAAGCAAAUCCUCAGAACUGGUCCAAGACGAAGAAAGGCCUGGUUACUUUGCUCAUCUGUAUCUACACGACAGCAGUCUACACAGGCUCUGCAAUCUACACACCUUCAGCCGAAGGCGUCAUGCACCGAUUCGGUGUUUCUGCGACAGCGGCCGCUCUUGGUAUUUCUCUAUUCGUUCUGGCCUAUGGUCUUGGUCCUCUGAUCUUCUCCCCUCUGUCAGAGAUACCCAAGAUCGGCAGGAAUCCUCCUUAUAUCAUCACUUUUGCCAUUUUUACCAUCUUGUGUGUGCCCACAGCUUUGGCAGACAACUUCGCUGGACUGAUGGUGCUGAGGUUCCUACAAGGCUUCUUUGGAUCCCCGAUUCUUGCUACUGGUGGUGCGAGUCUGCAAGACAUGUUCUCGUUGAUCAAGCUACCUUACAUCCUCUGUUGUUGGGCAGCAGCAGCUUGUAUUGGUCCUGCUCUCGGACCUAUCAUUUCUGGUUUCAGUGUUGCAGCUAUGAACUGGAGAUGGUCUCUCUGGGAGAUGCUGUGGCUUGCUGCACCCGUCUGGCUCGCACUCUUUCUGUUUCUGCCUGAGACUUACCCAGAGACCAUCCUCUUGCGUCGUGCUCAGCGACUCAGAAGACUUACUGGUAACCAAAAUUUGAAGGCUCAAUCUGAGAUUAACCAAGCUCAACGUAGCUUCAAUGACUUAGUUGUGGAAGCUCUGUGGCGACCUAUCCAGUUAAUUGCACUAGAUCCAGCUAUCGCCUAUGCCGACAUCUACAUCGCCCUCUGUUACGCAAUCUUCUACUCCUUCUUUGAAGUGUUCCCCUUAGUCUACAUGGAGCGCUACGGUUUCACCGUCGGCGAAAUGGGCUUAGUGUUUCUGUCCAUCGCCGUGGGCGUCAUAAUCUCCAUAGCAGCCUACUACGCCUACCUCUACUACAUCGUCGAACCCUCCAUCCGCAUCCACGGCAUGGGAACUCCCGAACACCGCCUAAUCCCAGCUCUCUUCAGCAGUUUCCUCGUCCCCAUCGGCUUAUUCAUCUUUGCCUGGACGGGAAACGGCACCAUCCAUUGGAUAGUAAGUUGUAUCGGGAUCGUCAUCAAUAUUAUUGGUGUUUUUGUUUUGUUUCAGUGCGUGUUUGUUUACUUGCCGAUGGUGUAUCCUGCGUAUGCGGGAAGUCUGUUUGCUGGUAACGAUACGGCGAGGUCGACUUUGGCGGCUGCGGCGAUUCUGUUUUCGAGACCUAUGUUUCAGGGUUUGGGGGUUGGUGGUGGUGUGAGUUUGCUUGCGGGGCUUACGACUUUGUGUAUUGGGGGUAUUUUUGUUUUGUUCUUUUAUGGUGAGAAGUUGAGGGCGAAGAGUCGGUUUGCUGCUAAGUGA